AUGCCUAAUUCAACUAAUAGAGCCAUUAUUUGGAGACUGUGGUCUAGGCCACAUGAUCUUGAAUCUCAGAAAACGUGGGAGGGAGAGGCGGGACACAUCAAAAUAUAUGUUGGCUUUUCCAAAGUUUUUCUUUCCUAUACGGACAUUUCCUCCAAUGGUGUUAUUGCACUUUGUGGGAUGACUGAUGCAGAAGACAAGCAUAUACUGAUUUGCUCUUGCCGAGACAAUUCAGUUCGCCUCUAUGAUCUGCCAUCAUUUUCAGGGAUGGGUCGAUUAUUUGCCAAAAAAGAGGUUUGAUCACUAGAGAUAGGUCUUGGGGGGCUCAUCUUCACUGGAGAAGGGACUAGUUUGCUUACAGUUUGGAAAUGGCUGGAAGUGCCCAAUGUUGGGUAUGGCUAAUACUUCGCAUGUUGAUGAGGACCCUAGUUGUCGAGGUCAGCAGAAAGGCAACUGGGGUUCCGCUCCCAGGUGAACGGGCAGGGGUCUGGGGCAGCCGCCUUGGCGGGGGUCCGGGGGGCAGCGCCCCCAGGUCCGUAGAGGCUAGGUACUAUUGUAGGCCUCUGUUUUAUUGUAAUUUUCUUAGCGGUUUGGGCUUGGGCCCAUGAAUAGCUGCUGUUAUGGUUUUCUAAUUCUAUAUAUAUUUUCUUUGUAAACCGAGUGACUUGUAACGAGUGGCGGUGAGG